AGGAUAUAUAAGAAGAGUGGACUGACAUUGAGUAGGCUAAACACGGUACAGCAUCAAUUCUGAUCUCUUGAUUGAAUUUCGCCAUUUCUUGCAAAUUAUUGCUCAAUAUGGUCAAAUCAAAAAGGUGGAUUAUUGCAAAAAUUUUUGACGGAGAGCCCAAAAAGGACGACUUCAAACUUGUUGAGGAAGAGCUGCCUCCUGUGAAGGAUGGAGAGAUACUUCUAGAAGCGCUCUACUUCAGCGUUGAUCCGUACAUGAGAGCAUUUGACCUCUCUGGACUUGUUGGUCAGCAGAUGGUGGGAUCGCAGAUUGCGAAGGUAUUGGAGAGCAAACACAAGGACUAUAAGCUAGGUGAUUUGGUGAUGGGCUAUUUUGGCUGGCAAAGUCAUUCUGUCCACCACGGAGAUGAACCAUGCAGUCUUGGUCUCGACUCCAAAAUCAAGCCCUACGUCUUGCCGGACAUUCAGGGACUGAGCCCGUCACUUGGUUUGGGUUUCCUCGGAAUGCCUGGAAAUACUGCUUAUUUUGGAUUCUUGGAAAUUUGCAAGCCCAAAGCAGGUGAAACUGUUGUUGUAAACGCUGCUGCUGGCGCUGUCGGCAUGCAUGUUGGGCAAAUUGCUAAGAUCAAAGGAUGCAGAGUGAUUGGUUUUGCUGGCUCCGACGACAAAGUGGAAUGGUUGAAAAAGGAAAUCGGCUUUGAUGCCGCCUACAACUACAAAAAGGUGGACAUCGACAAAGCUCUGGCCGAGUCUGCUCCAAAUGGAGUCGACUGCUACUUUGAUAACGUUGGUGGAGAGAUGAGUUCCAUCGUGAUGAACAGAAUGAAUCAUUUCGGUAGAGUGUCGGUCUGUGGAGCUAUUUCUUCAUACAAUGAUGCUGUGAAACCAAAAGCGACCCUUGUUCAGGGGAUGGUGAACAGAAGUGAAUUGAAAAUAGAAGGUUUCAUGGUGUACAGGUGGGAAGAAAGGUGGUUGGAAGGAAUCAAGCAGAACAUUCAAUGGAUUAAAGAGGGCAAGCUGAAGUACCAGGAAACAAUUACGAAAGGUUUCGAAAAGAUCCCUCAGGCGUUCAUUGAAAUGCUGGAGGGCAAAAAUUUUGGAAAAGCUAUCAUCAAGGCAUAAAAAAUGUGAAACAGUAAUGUUUAAUUGGCAAUAAAUUUAUGUGAUGCUAUCUAACUAA